CGCGUGAAGUUUGCAGCCAAAGCAGCGAAGCGAGACAAAAUGCAACCCACAGUGGUUCCCUGGAGCUGACAGGUGGUACCCCACAUCGUUUACAUGAGCGUUCCACACGCGCAGACGGAGAGCGUAUGAGAUGGAUCUGUUUCUACCCUUAAAUGAACAACAAUGUGAAUAAUAUAAUAUAUCGAUCCCAAGCCUCCCUCCGUAGCCAGUUAGUUCUCAUUUCUAAUAUUGCUUCCAAAAUCUCUCUCUCUCUCUCUCUCUGGGGGGUAUGUGUGUUGUUCAGUACAACUAGUUUUGGUAUAGCUAGCUGCUCUUCAUUUGAUUUUGCUCGCAGUCGCAGCUCCAAUCCAAAUAUGGAGGCGAUCACUGCUUCCUUAGAGAGGUCUCUUCAAAACUGUUCCUUAAACAAUACCAACAACAACCAUCAGCAGAGCAGGAGGCCGGAAGAAGAUGAUGGGUCAGCUACAGAUGGAGGCAUAGGAAUCUCAUCCUGCUCAGACGAUGUCCCGGACCCGGAUAAUAGUCAUAUCUCCGACACCACUUUAGAGCUCAACUCCCACAUCUCACUCCCUUAUCAUUGGGAGCAAUGCCUAGAUUUAAAGACGGGGGAAAUAUAUUACAUUAACUGGAGGAACGGGAUGAAAGCAAAGGAGGAUCCAAGAAGCAGGAGGGCAGAUUAUAGUGUAAGUAGGGAUUGUGAGUCCGAAGAAGAAGAAGAAGAAGAGAGCUGGUACGACAGCGAAGAGUCUUCAUCGGAGUCAUGCCCUUCUUCAUCCAAAGAGCACUAUGAUGAGGGACAGGUAGAGAAACAGAAUAACAAUGUUCUGGUGGUGGCUGGGUGCAAGGGCUGUCUCAUGUAUUUCAUGGUGCCCAAACAGGUUGAAGACUGCCCAAAAUGUACUGGUCAACUCCUCCACUUCGAUCGAUCCGAAAAUGGCUCUCCAUGAUUAAUUCCCACUCCUCUUUUCUCCUUGUGUUUCCUUCUUCGCUUCUCUUUUCUUUUUGCUGUGACUGUCAAAUUAAACUAUAGUUCUCUCUUUUUUUGUUUAUUAUUUUUUCCAUGAAAUUUUCAACUAAGAGACCCUUCCUCGCAUUUCGAUUUUCAGACUAGCUUUUCAUUAAAUUACUGUUAUUAAUUUUACAUUUUGCGGUCCUCAAUAAAUAAAAUGACAUAUAUUCGGUCAA